GAAACUGCACAUAAAUUUUUCAACGGCCCCUCUUCUUGUUCUUCUCUUUUCAUAGUAACCUUUGUUUACAUUUUUUAAUGAAACAAAACAUUAAUUUAUUGUAAUUAGUUGUUAUAUUUUAUUUGUUAUGUGAUGCCACGAAGAAAUUUGACCAUCAGAGAAAGAGUUAAUGUUAUCUCUGAUAGGGAAAACAAUAACUCAAACAUUAAUGAGCUUUGCUCAAAAUAUAAUGUCAGUCGCUGGACAAUAAAUAGAGUUUUGGGUAACAGAGAACCGCUUAAAGAAGCUCAUGAAAAUGGACAAAGUAAACGAACCAGGUUAGAAAAGAGAAUUGAAUUGAAAGAUUUUGAUGGUCAAAUUUUGGAAUGGGUCCGUGAUUGUAGUGACAAAGGGAUACCAAUGAGUGGUACAAUGAUAAUUGAAUUUGCCAAAACAUUAAAUGACAAUUUUAACGGCACAUGGAGUUGGUUUUAUCGCUUUAAAGAAAGAACUAAAUUGAAGUUGGGUGUAAAAAAUGGAGAGCGAUUGUCAGUUGAUAAAUCGUUAGUUGACAAUUGGAGAAAGAUCAACAUUCCUAGGAUAAUGAUUAACUGGCAAUCUCCUUUUAUCUAUAACUGUGAUGAAACGGCUUUAUUUUGGAGACAAACUCCUGUAAAAACUUAUUUUAUUCCUAAGACCGACCAUAUUGGUGAUAAGCUUUUUCGUGAAAGAAUCACAAUCUUAUUUUGCAUUAAUAGAGCAGGUGAUAAAAUGGCACCAUUGAUCAUUAAUCGAUCAGCCAAACCAAGGUGCUUUUUUACAAAUUGUUUCGAUGGCCUCAAUAUUGAAUACAAGCAACAACAUAAUGCUUGGAUGGAUAGGAACAUUUUCACUCAAUGGCUGAAAGAUUUGCAUGAUCAACUCAUAAUAGAAAAUAAGAAAGUGAUUUUGCUUCUAGACAACUUUACUGGUCAUAAGGUUGAAUAUGAUGAAUUUCCAUUAAUAACAUUUGAAUUUUUACCUGCUGGUACAACAGCUUUAACUCAACCAUUAGAUAAUGGACCAAAUCGUUUAGUCAAAUCUAAAUACAUUUCAAAGUUAAUGAAAAGAGUGAUUGAAAAAAUCAAUACUUCUAGUUAUAUUUCAAAUAUUAUUAAGGAGAUUAACUUAUUAGAUGCAAUAAAAUGGAUCGAUGAAACUUGGAAAGAAAUCUCCUCACAAACUAUAGUGAACUGUUGGAAUCAUUGUGGCUAUGUUUCCCUUGAUUUCAAUGAUGAAUAUGAUCUCGAAGAUGAACAAGAUGAUGUUAAUAACUUGUUACUUGAAUUAAGAAAUUUAAAUGUAAAUUGUUGCUCUUAUGAAGAGCUUAUGGAUCAAAAUAAUUUUGAUUUUGUUAAUGUUUUUGAUGAAUAAAGAUAUGUUGCUGUUUAAAUAAGGCUAUUUGUACAGCAAUGUGCUAUUUCCAGCUUGGUGCAGUUUCUGGUAGGUGAGUGUAACUGAUUAACUUAUUGUAAUUUAAAAUCAUUAAGUAAACCUGCAAAAUGAUUUAAAAUGUUCGCAAAAAGUUAAAGUACACGAGCAUGCGUAGAGUCGGGUGCCUUUGCAUAGCCCAGUGGUUAGGGCGUUGGACAAUCCCACAUGAAAACCCGGGUUCGAGUCUCUCUCUGGCCCUAUUGGUUUCUCCUCUCUUUCUCUCCUCUCUUCUGUCUUUCCUCUCUUAAUGAAAUAUUGUAAACAAGCAUUGCUUGUAAAAAUGAAUAUGUAAUAUGAUACACACUUGUAGUUCGCACAUGCAGCGAACAGUGUCGCCACUUGGCGCACACCCCAUUUGAUUACCAAUAAACUUGCAUUUCUAGA